ACCACAAUUAUUCUCUUAAAAGAAUUAAAUGGAAAAAUAAAAAUAUGUAGGAUACACCCAGGUAAAUUAUAUAGUGUUCUCUGUCGACGGCGAGGGAGAGAGCAAUCUCCGGCGCUUUUAGAAAGCGAAAAUCACCGCUGUUAUAGUUUACUCUCUCGCGCCGAUCACUUUUACCGCCGGCAAUCAUCUCAUAUACACACAUAUCUUUAUAUCGAUUUGGAUCUUUUAAGUGGCCAUGAACUCCGACGGUACUUCAUCCACUUCUGGCGCUACCGGAUCUGGCGAUUCAGCUACUCCCCGAAGAAACUCAAAGCGUCCCAAGUAUUCCAAGUUUACUCAGCAGGAGCUGCCAGCUUGUAAGCCAAUACUAACACCAGGAUGGGUCAUUUCAUCCUUCUUGCUUGUUUGCAUUGUCUUCAUUCCUAUUGGGCUUGCGUCGCUGUUUGCUUCUCGCAGUGUUGUUGAAAUUGUUGAUCGAUAUGAAACUGCUUGCAUACCGGGUGGCUUUAGAAAAGAUAAAGUAAAGUAUAUCCAAAGUGAUUCAAAUAAGACCUGCAGGAGAAACCUAACCGUGAAUAAGGACAUGAAGCCCCCUAUUUAUGUUUAUUAUCAGCUGGAUAACUUCUACCAGAAUCAUCGCAGAUAUGUGAAGAGCCGAAGUGAUCCGCAGCUAAAAAGCAAAAGCAAAGAGAAUGAGACAAAUGAUUGUAAACCUGAAGCUACCAUUAAUGGGAAAGCAAUUCUGCCUUGUGGCCUUAUCGCCUGGAGUUUGUUCAAUGAUACCUAUAGCUUCUCUCGCUCCAGCCAGAAGUUGCAAGUUAACAAGAAGGAUAUUUCAUGGAAAAGUGAUAGGGAACACAAGUUUGGGAAAGAUGUCUUCCCUAAGAAUUUCCAGAACAGGACUGUCAAAGGUGGCGCAACUCUUAAUGCAUCAAUCCCUCUGAGCCAGCAAGAGGACCUGAUUGUCUGGAUGCGAACUGCUGCUCUUCCAACUUUUAGGAAGUUGUAUGGAAAGAUUGAGGUGGAACUUAAGAAAGGUGAUGUCAUUCAAGUGACGUUGGAGAAUAAUUACAACACCUAUAGUUUUAAUGGCAAGAAGAAGCUUGUACUGUCGACCACCAAAUGGAUUGGUGGAAAGAAUGACUUCAUUGGCAUUGCAUAUCUAACAGUUGGCGGAUUAUGCUUCUUACUAGCAAUGUCUUUCACCAUUAUUUAUUAUGUCAAGCCAAGGCGACUUGGAGAUCCAACAUAUUUGUCUUGGAACCGGAAUCCAGGUGGUGGAGCAAACAAUUAGCCUUUACUCCUUCAUGUCAUGCUUCAGCUUUUUGGUUUCCUUUGCAUAAUGGUGAUUCACAUGGUUGUUUAAAACAUAUGGGAGGGUAAACUCACUUGUAUCCUACUUCCAAUGUACAUGAGUUGUGCUUGAUUUGGGUGACUUAAAAUGUUUUAUUGAUUAAUUUAUGAGUUUGAAAUAGCAUUGUGGUUUUCUUUGCACAUGCACAUGUAAAUGUUCAUAUUAGUUUCAUCAAUUUUUUUGUCA